CGGCUAUACAACAACCGGAUGGUAGCCUUUCGACGCGUUGCGCGCUCAACAUGGCGUCUUUACUCCUUUCCGUCGCUGUAGAGAUUCUUGCUUCCCACAUAUGUCGCGCUGUAGAUACAACUUUGUCAGGUAGACGCAAUGGCGCCCGUAAUUCUCGACUCUCCCUUGAGCGACAUGAGAUCUGCUAAAGUUACGUCACAUACCAUGAAUGGAAUGGCUGGAAAGAAAAUAUUGUCAACACCGCUACCGAACCCGUCACUACAAGUCACCGCAGACCACAACUUGAAGCAGGAGGAUGCACCUGUAUAUGCGCCAUGCCAUGGCGAAGUUCUCUUACACAUCAAAGCGACAGGUGUUUGCGGGUCUGACAUUCACUUCUGGCGGACAGGAAGGAUAGGCUCACUCGUAGUCGAAGGCGAUUGCAUUCUAGGCCACGAGGCGGCCGGUGUCGUCUUACAAUGUGGCGAAGGCGUGAACAACCUCAAGCCUGGUGAUCGCGUUGCCAUUGAACCUGGUGUCCCGUGCGCGACAUGUUUUCUGUGCCAGGAUGGCCGUUAUAACCUCUGCGAAGACGUCCAAUUUGCAGGCGUCUACCCUUAUCAUGGCACGAUCCAACGUUACAAGACACAUCCUGCAAGGUGGUGUCACAAGCUGCCAGACAACAUCAGUUAUGCAGAAGGCGCAUUGCUCGAGCCAUUGUCAGUGGUCAUGCAUGGCAUCAAUUCGGCAGGGUUGUCGCUUGGUCGCGGUGCUGUCGUCUGUGGCGCUGGGCCCAUUGGCCUCAUUGCGCUCGCAGCUGCGCGAGCAAGCGGCGCACACCCGAUCGUCAUUACAGACCUGGAACCGAAGAGGCUGGCUUUUGCGAAGACAUUCGUCCCUUCAGCUCUCACGUACCAAGUCAGUCGGGAUCUGGAUGAGGAGGGGAAUGCAAAAGAGAUCAGGAAGUUGUUCAAUUUCGAACACGUCGGGGAGUACGGCGCACCGGAGGUGGUGCUGGAAUGCACAGGUGUUGAGAGCAGUGUGGUCACCGCAGCAUAUACCGCAAGGAGAGGUGGCACAGUUAUGGUGAUUGGGGUAGGAAGGGAGACCAUGAACAAUUUGCCCUUCAUGCAUCUCUCGCUUGGAGAGAUCGAUCUCAAAUUCAUCAACCGGUAUCGCGAUACAUGGCCUGCCGGCCUACAAUGUCUCGCUGGGGGCAUUCUAGAUCUCAAGCAACUCGUCAGCCACACGUUCCCGUUGGAGAAGGCCUUGGACGCGCUACACACAUGUGGCGAUCUGAGUAAUGGAAGCAUCAAAGUGCAGAUCAUCGACGAGGUUGACAACGUGCUGUUCACUGAUACAGUCAUACACCACCAAGAUUAAAAAUGUCUCAAAAUUAUCUUUCGUCACGCUGCUGUAAUCGUGGUGUAAGUCAACUAGUCUGCGACGCAUUUUUCGUUCUAACACCGGA